CCGCGGAGCGGACCGGAGCGGGCGCGGAGCCGAGUGAGGCGCAGAGGUAGCUGCUGGCGGGCGCGGGGACCCUCGACACCUCGUCUUGGAGAGCGGGAUGGGACGCCGCCCGCGGGGACCUGGAUCCCCCCGGGGUCCUGGCCCUCCACGCCCCGGGCCCGGGCUGCCGCCGUUGCUGCUUCUGCUGGCACUGGCGGCCCACGGGGGCUGCGCAGCGCCCGCGCCCCGCGCGGAGGACCUCAGCCUCGGGGUGGAGUGGCUGAGCAGGUUUGGCUACCUGCCACCUGCAGACCCAGCAACAGGGCAGCUACAGACACAGGAGGAACUGUCCAAGGCUAUUACCGCAAUGCAACAGUUUGGUGGCCUGGAGACCACCGGCGUCCUGGAUGAGGCCACUCUGGCCUUGAUGAAGACCCCUCGCUGCUCCCUCCCAGACCUGCCCCCUGGGGCCCAAUCAAGAAAGAAGCGACAGAUUCCACCACCAACCAAAUGGAGCAAGAGGAAUCUCUCUUGGAGGGUCCGGACAUUUCCACGGGACUCACCCCUGGGCCGGGAUACUGUGCGUGCACUCAUGUACUACGCCCUCAAAGUCUGGAGUGACAUCACACCCUUGAACUUCCACGAGGUAGCGGGCAACUCUGCUGACAUCCAGAUCGACUUCUCCAAGGCUGACCACAAUGACGGCUACCCCUUCGAUGGCCCCGGUGGCACAGUGGCCCAUGCAUUCUUCCCUGGCGAUCACCAUACGGCAGGGGACACCCACUUUGAUGAUGACGAGGCAUGGACCUUCCGUUCUUCAGAUGCCCAUGGGAUGGACCUGUUUGCGGUGGCUGUCCAUGAGUUUGGUCAUGCCAUUGGUCUGAGCCACGUUGCUGCCCCAAGCUCCAUCAUGCGGCCGUACUACCAGGGCCCCGUGGGCGACCCCCUACGCUAUGGCCUUCCCUACGAAGACAGGGUGCGUGUCUGGCAGCUGUAUGGUGUGCGGGAAUCCGUGUCCCCUACAGCCCAGCUAGAUACCCCAGAGCCUGAGGAACCACCCUUCCUGCCAGAGCCUCCCAACAAUCGGUCUAACACCCCGCCCCGGAAGGACAUGCCUCACAGGUGCACUGCCCACUUUGAUGCUGUGGCCCAGAUCCGUGGCGAAGCGUUCUUCUUCAAAGGCAAGUACUUCUGGCGGUUGACCCGAGACCGGCACUUGGUGUCCCUGCAGCCAGCUCAAAUGCAUCGCUUCUGGCGGGGCCUGCCGCUGCACCUGGACAGCGUGGACGCCGUGUAUGAGCGUACCAGCGACCACAAGAUUGUCUUCUUCAAAGGAGACAGAUACUGGGUGUUUAAAGACAACAACGUAGAGGAAGGGUACCCGCGGCCUGUCUCCGACUUCAGCCUCCCGCCCGGUGGCAUCGAUGCGGUCUUCUCCUGGGCCCACAAUGAUAGGACUUAUUUCUUUAAGGACCAGCUGUACUGGCGCUAUGAUGACCACACACGGCGCAUGGACCCUGGCUACCCUGCCCAGGGCCCCCUGUGGAGAGGUGUCCCCAGCAUGCUGGAUGACGCCAUGCGCUGGUCUGAUGGUGCAUCCUACUUUUUCCGCGGCCAAGAGUACUGGAAAGUGCUGGAUGGUGAGCUGGAGGCAGCACCAGGGUACCCACAGUCUACAGCCCGGGACUGGCUAGUAUGUGGUGAGCCGCUGGCGGAUGCAGAGGACGUAGGACUGGGACCCCAGGGCCGCAGCGGGGCACAGGACGGCUUGGCAGUAUGCUCCUGCACCUCAGGCGCCCACAAGACUGCAUCUCCAUCUCUGUUGCUGCUGUUGCUGCCACUGCUGUGGGGCCUGUGGACCUCAGUCCCCGCCAAGGCAUCCUGA